GUUUGUGGAGAUAAACCACCGGUACUGUACAAAACGAAGCAAUUUUCAGCUUGUAGUGAUAGCAAGUGAGAGUUCGUAUUGCCACUUCCUUUGCCCAUACUACGGUCCCUCUGUUGUGAGAACUAGUUGUUUCUUCGUCAUUGAUUUGCAGUUAUAGUCCGAACACACAGCGAGACAUUGAUCGGUCGUGAUCUUCUUGUUACUGAGGACCUGUGGUGGGCGGGCGAGCGCGUUGUCAUCUCUUCAUAUGGUGGUUCAAGUUCUGGUAUAUAGGACGAAGGCUAAGAUGUGAUACGAGAAUAAUUUUCUAUUUAGAGGACAGGUUCUGUUGCUUCAGAAUCUUUGUCAUCGCGUUGGAUUCAAAUGGAUAACCUCGCCUUUGAACUGCAAGUUGGUGAUGAAUCAGACGGACUGCCUCCCCCUCCCCCUGACCCUUCCCCCCUCCCUGCAGCGCCGUCCGUGACAAGUCCAGUAGUAGCCAUCACCCCAGGACAGUGCCCAGGGUGUAGGGUCGGUCGGUUGCAAAAGGAAUACACCAGAACCGGGAUCGUGCUGGCUAUUGUCUGCUUCCCCUGUGGCAUCGCCUGCUGCCGCUACAUAAGGAAGAGUCGCUGUAAUGCGUGCAAAGCUCUCUUUUAAAAGCAACCCCUUGUAAGCCUGACAAUUGCGGUAAAUUUGAUGUGGUUGGGGGGAAAAAAACAGGAAAAUCUGUGUAUUUGUGCGUUUGUUUUCAUUGAUUGUUUUUGGAAUUCUCAGUAGACUUGUAAGAUUAUAGAUUAAAAUAGUUUUUCAAUUGC